GAUGGCUCAGGGAACGGACCGCCCGAGAAAAAAUAGCCUCUAAAUCCACUUUAGCUCGACCAGACAUGGCUUCUCAGACUGGAUUUCGAUCGAAAACAAUUCAAUGAAAUCGAGCGUUGUGAAAACAAUCGGAUCCCUCGUGGAUAUGUACCGAAUUUUUAACUGAACUCUGGCGGGAUACAUGUUUCCUUCAUAUUUUGUGUUUUUGUGAUAGGCGAAAACAAUGAGUAAACUCUCGUUCCGAGCGCGAGCGCUAGACGCCGCCAAACCUCUCCCCAUAUACCGCAAUAGAGACCUUCCAGACCUUAAUGAUUGUGUUUCUAUCAAUCGGGCUGUGCCUCAGAUGCCAACUGGAAUGGAAAAAGAAGAGGAAUUGGAGCACCAUCUUCAGAGGGCGAUCUCAGCCCAGCAGGUGUUCAGGGAGAAGAAGGAGAGCAUGGUCAUCCCUGUUCCUGAGGCUGAGAGUAACAUCACUUAUUAUGAUCGCCUGUACAAAGGAGAGUUCCGUGUCCCCAAACAGCUCAUUCACAUCCAGCCUUUGGGGUUGGACAAUGAACUGCCGGACUAUGACAUGGACUCAGAGGACGAAACACUUCUCAACAGACUCAACCGCAAGAUGGAGAUCAAGCCAUUACAGUUCGAGACCAUGAUCGACAGGCUUGAGAAAGCCAGCACAAACCAGCUGGUCUCUCUCCAAGAGGCCAAGCUGCUGCUGAAUGAGGACGACUAUUUGCUCAAGUCUGUGUAUGACUACUGGGUGAGAAAAAGAAAGAACUGUCGAGGUCCAUCACUCAUCCCACAAAUCAAGCAAGAAAAACGGGAUGGCUCCACCAACAACGAUGCCUAUGUGGCCUUCCGACGUCGCACAGAGAAGAUGCAGACACGGAAGAAUCGUAAAAAUGACGAGGCGUCCUAUGAGAAGAUGUUAAGGCUUAGGAGAGAGUUUAGCCGGACUGUCACCAUCCUUGAGAUGAUCAAAAAACGAGAGAAGAGCAAGAGAGAGCUCUUGCAUCUCACAUUGGAGGUUGUUGAGAAGAGGUAUCAGAUGGGUGACUUCACAGGGGAAAUUCUUAAUGAAGUCUCAGCACCUCUGGCAGAGAAGCCCAUUUAUACAGCUCCCAUAUGCCUAUCCAAUGGUAAUCGGCUCAAAACAGAAAAUAAAAUCAAGUCACACAAGUCUGGGCCCCAACACCCACGCCAAAUUUGGGUUAAAACGGAGCCACACUUUGACAUUAUACGGCCGCAUAAGAAGUAUAACAAGAGGCCCAAACUGGAUCCUCUGCAGCAGCCCAGCCGGAUGGAGCGGCAGCAUACUAUCAGCACAGCAGACAUCAAACAGUAUGACUUCCACAGCUCCGGAGAGGAGGACUACCCAAUGUCUCCAGUUUCAGAAACAGAUGAGGAGAAUGACCCAGAUGGAGCAUUUGCUUUCAGACGGAGAGCUGGCUGUCAUUACCUCGCUCCACGUGCGGACCAGAGCUGUGCUCCUUACGGGGAUCAGGUGGAGCUGACCGGGCUUGAUGCCCUGCGUCAGCGCCAUUCUCUGACUGUCAUCUCUGUGCCACACCGCUGUGUGGGGCUGGCACGUAGGCGGGUGGGCCGUGGUGGCAGAGUUCUGUUGGACCGAGCAUCUUCAGACCUUGACCGAGCUCUUAGAACGUUGGACCCGGGCAUGUUCUCCCCUUGUGUCACGCCCUCCAGCAAACCUGAACCCCAGGCCGUCACACAGAGCCGUUCUUCUGUGGGCUCUCCACUCGGCCAACGCUCUUUGGCCCAGAUCCUUAGAGACAUCCAGGCUUGCAGAUGGCGCUGUUUUCGCCCGCGGCCUAUGCAGGAAGAAGGAAGUGAGGCUUGCAGGAAAGACAGACUUGCAAAUGAGGGCAGUGUCCCGGGAGGAGCAGCACUAAAUUCGAAAGACUCUAGAGUCUCAGGUGGGAUCACAGAAGAGCAGUUCCAGACCCAUCAGCAGCAGCUGGCUCAGAUGCAGAAACAGCAGCUGGCUCAGCUCCACCAGCGAGGGCAUAACUCACAGAACACAGAACAUGACCAGACACAGUCUGCAAGCUCCUCAGAAUGCCUCUCCAAGACCCUGGACUCAGCCAGUGCUCACUUUGCUGCCUCUGCAGUGGUCAGUGCUGCCAGCCAAGCCAACAAUGAGAACAAACCCCACAAUGCCAGUGUCAAUGGAAUCCUCCAGAAUUCAGGAACCACUAGACCCCCCAAGUUCACAAGCACUACACAAAGUGCAGGCAGUGGCAAUGGGGGCUCGUCUUUGAGGACUGCUGGCACCCAGUUGGCUGUCCCGCAGUCUCUUCCUCACGGCCAUGGGCUCCUAGGCAGUGUGAGUGCUGCAGUGUCCCCUGCACACACACACCACAGCGCCCGGCCCUCUGCCCCCUCACCCUCUGCCUUAAAGCUGGCCACUGUGGCCAGCAGCCUGGACCGUGUGCCCAAAGUCAACCCUGCCAGCGCCAUCGACAGCAUUGCCAGGGAGAAUCAUGAACCGGAGAGACUGGGACUUAACGGAAUAUCCGAAACAACGGUAGCCAUGGAGGUGACAUAGCCCCUCCCCACAAACAUGAAGCUCAGCUUUAGGAAGAAUGCAAAGACCACCUCCUGCCACAGAAUGGCUCACAAAUGGACCUUAAUGAAUUUCAGCAUAUCAAAAAAAAUAUUAAGAGAAAUUUGUCAAUAUAAAUGUACAUUUUGUAAAACUGGGAAUAUCACUACCUUGUAAAAUAGUAUAUUUGUAUCAUUAGUAUGUCAUUUUUCUGUUACUUGAAUUCUAGAUACUUUUUUGUCAUCAUGCUUUUGCACUUGAAAAUGCAAGCAAAUGGAGCAUCAGAAAAAAAAAGAAAAAACAAAGAAAAAAGCAGGUGCAUCAGUAAAUGUUAGGAUCAUGAGCAUGACCACAGAUCCUGCAUCACUCGUUUUAACUAUUUAUUUUGCAAUGUUUACAUUUUUGUAUCUCGUACA